GUUUUCGUAGUGUUUUUAACUGGAGGGUAGCGGCAGCAGUUUGGUUCCGGUCUACCCUUCCAGCACCGGCCCUGUUGCUCGAGGACGCUUUUCACCGGAGUUUUGGUCCAGGAGCCCUUCUAUUCAAAUUGGAGAUUCUCACUCGGUAGCAGCUAAGCGGAUGAAUUAGUGCAGCACCGAAAUUUCUACUCCAAUAAUCACUCACUAUGAGAAAAACAUUUCACAUCUUUGCUGCAAUCGUCAAACACCGCACUGGAAAGUCCAGUUUCCCCGCUUUACCCUCUCCAUAUUUCUCGAAAUCGUGCCCUGUUUUCCAUUCCCCUUCGGCCCCAAGAUGGAUAUCUACAAGCACCGAACUUCCUCCGCCCGAGUGGGUGCAGCCUUUCACAGACCUCUCCGACGUUAUCACCGACUACAAAAAUAUCCAGCCUUCUCCUUGGAUGUCCCAAAUUUUGAAUCUUGUAGACAAUUCGCCUCAGAUGGAGGGAAACUUGACAGCUUACUGCAACAAGUUUCUCAUCAAGCUAUCACCCAAUUUUGUUGCAUUCGUGCUGAACUCAGACCAGCUUCCUAAAAAUUCUCUUACUGCUUAUCGGUUCUUCACUUGGGCUGGCAGGCAAAAAGGGUAUGCCCAUAGUUUUGAAUGCUAUGUGUAUUUGAUAGCUAUUUUAUCAGUUUGCAGUGAUGCAAAUAGAGUAAGAGAUGUUUUUAAGGACUUCAAAGACAGUGAUUUUAAGAUGAACUUGUCUGGGGCUAAUUCGUUGGUCAGGAGUCUUGGAAGUGUGGGGAUGGUUGAGGAGGUUUUGUGGGUAUGGAGAGGCUUGAAAGAGUGUGGGAUUCAACCUACAUUGUAUACUUAUAAUUUUCUACUGAAUGGUUUAGUGAAUGCUAUGUUUAUUGAGUCUGCUGAGCAAGUUUUUGAAGUUAUGGAAAGUGGGAAAAUUCAACCCGAUAUUGUCACAUAUAAUACAAUGAUCAAAGGGUAUUGCAAGACCGGCAAGGUGCAAAAAGCAAUGGAGAAGUUUAGAGACAUGGAGGUUAAAAAUGUGGUACCUGAUAAAAUUACUUAUAUGACCCUCAUCCAGGCAAGCUAUUCUGAGAGAGAUCAUAACAUGUGCCUGGGGCUUUAUCAUGAAAUGGUGGAAAAGGAGCUGGAAGUUCCAUCACAUGCUUAUAGUUUAGUAAUUGGUGGGCUUUGUAGAGAUGGUAAGUCUCUGGAAGCACAUGCCGUUUUGGAUAACAUGGUUAGGAAGGGUUGUAGACCUAAUCCUGCAAUUUAUACGGCCUUGAUUGAUUCAUACAUGAAAAAUUCUUACUUGGAAGCUGCAAUAAGGCUUUUUGAUAGAAUGAAGGAUGAAGGGAUUGAACCCGAUGAAUUUACAUAUGGGGUUAUUGUAAAUGGUCUGUCCAAGUGUGGUAGAUUGGAAGAAGCCUUACAAUGGCUUGAGUAUUGUCAGAAUAAUAAUAAGGGUAUAAAUGCCAAGCUUUAUUCAAGUCUAAUUGAUGGUCUUGGGAAGGCGGGGAGAGUGGAUGAGGCUAAAAAGCUCUUUGAGGAGAUGGCUGAAAAGGGGUGCCCUCGUGAUUCUUACUGUUAUAAUGCACUAAUAGAUGCCCUAGCUAAAGAUGGAAAGGUGGACGAAUCUUUGAUGCUUUUCAAUAGAAUGGAACAAGAAGGUUGUGAUCAAACUGUCUAUACAUACACAAUGUUGAUCAGUGGUCUGUUUCGUGACCACCGCAAUGAAGAGGCAUUGAAACUGUGGAAUAAGAUGAUUGACAAGGGCAUAACUCCAACAGCUGCUUCAUUUAGAGCUCUUUCAACUGGGCUUUGUCUUUCGGGUAAGGUGGCAAGGGCUUGUAAGAUUUUGGAUGAGCUGGCACCGAUGGGUAUUGUUCUAGAUACUGCUUUUGAAGACAUGGUUAAUGUUCUGUGCAAGGCGGGCCGUCUUGUGGAGGCUUGCAAGUUAGCUGAUGGAAUUGUUGACCGUGGUAGGGAAAUUCCGGGCAGGGUUCGUACGGUUUUUAUAACUGCCCUAAGGAAAGCUGGGAAUGCAGAUUUAGCUAUAAAAUUGAUGCAUAGUAAAAUUGGGAUUGGAUAUGAGAGGGUGGGCAGUGUUAAAAAACGCGUGAAGUUUCGUCUUCUGGUAGACAAGUGAGAGCCUACAUCAAUGAUGCUUGUGGUAAUCCAUGACCUCUCAUGGUUUAAGAUUGUUCACUUUUGGGACAGUGGGCUGGGCAUUGAUAUGAUGGAAGGUGUCAAACUACUUCCAUCACUCAAAAGGUUGAGAAUUUGUCAUGGAUACGUGGGUAUGAAUCCAUUCAUGGAUUAUGGCGUACUCUGAUAUAUCAAUUGCUUUUUGCAAAAUUUGGAUGUAAUAAUGCUCCAUACUCUGAUAUAUCAUAAUUUAGUAUUAAUUUGCUGACCCUAUUAGUCUUUCUUUUUCACUACUGGAGCGGGUCAGAUUGUGGUUGAAUGGAUGGGAGUUGAUGGAAACCUCCUUUCACCAUCCUACCAAUCUGAUAUAUCAUGGAAACAGCUGGUUGCACACUUUUUCUAGUGCAUUCAUCAUCACAUUCCUCUCGAUAUUGGUGUGACUAUCCUUGCCAUCACUUGUUCUAUUGCGUGAUACGCUUUGAUCUCCCGCCAUACUUUGUGUGAUUACCUGAUGCCUUAUCAUGAUGACUUAUGGUGAUGAGCUAGCAUUCCUCUAGACACUCAUGGUGAGCUCGUGAGUGCGCCACACCAAAUUUAUUUUAGAACUAAUCUCAUGGAGGUAAUGCUGUCAUUAUUUUACAGAAUUGAGACUAAGGAUUUGGACUAUAUGAAUUGUGUUGAUUUUUAUUACACCAUGUUUUUAUGGUUGAUAUAAUUAUAUUUUUGACUUUUAUCUCUUUUAAAACAUACAGUUUAAUGAUUACUAGUAUAUAUUUAUAACCUUGUGGAGGGAGUAUAGUAAUAAGACUAAUAACUGUAAGCCCCAUAAGAAACUUCACAAUAGUGCAUAGAUGCUUGUAUCUUCACAAAUGAGAAAAAUGAUGCUUUGAGCCCUUCAUCUGUUUUUUUUUUGAAGAUAAAUAGUGCAUAGACCUAUGGACUUAUUUCAUGUUCUAGACUACUGUCCCAGGAGAAUGUUGAUAUUAUUAUUACUUAUUAGACGUGCAUCUGGAGAUCUUGGCUUAAGUGAAGGAAAACCCGUUGCAGCAUUUACAAUAUACAAAUGCCUUCUUCAUUGGAAAUCCUUUGAAGCAGAGAAAACUAAUAUAUUUGACUGCCUUAUCCAGAUGAUUGGUGCUGCUAUAGAGGAUGAGUCAGAAAAUGGUCACAUAGCAUAUUGGCUGUCAAACACAUCUAUGCUGUUGUUGAAGAGUUGUGUGGAGCACUGGUCGUGGGUGAGAGUUAUUCAUAGCCAACCGACUCAAUGGCAACUCAUUUGGAAGAGGAGGAUGAACUGCUGCUAGAAAUGAUGGAGAUCAAAGACAGAGGCAUGAGUGUUAAUUAAAUUGAAUUACAAAUACUACAUUAGAAAUUCAUUAUAUGUGUGGCAAUUGGAGUUUCUGGGAUCCCGGAACUUGAUGAGAUGUGUUUUCGAUGAAGAUGGCUAUGCCACAUUUACCAAUUACUACUACAAAAGUCUUCCUACGAAAGUGAGAAAUUGAUCGUUCCGACGACAGUCUUCUUCUUCUUCUUCAUCCCAGUCGCUACUUCAUCGUCCCUGAACUCGCCACCACACAACCUCUCCAGUCUCCUGACCACAUUGUUGUUGGCGAAGACUGUCUUCGUUCUGCUCUCUCCCUCCUCACAUUGCUUCACUAAAACCAUUCUAAAUUUCUAACCAUGCGGCCAUGAAAAGAGAUGAAUGCAAAUUGUUGAGUGCCAACGAGUCUUUUUAACUAACUUUUUUCCAUCUUUAAACACCCUUUAAAGUUUGUAAGAUUUACAUAACAACUUUGCUAUUUGUAUCCACUCUUAUACCCACUCAUAACCCACCCUUGUGAGAGACUAUUUUUUUUUUGUCACAGAUAAAUUCAUAAAA